UUUAGUUAAAUCGGCAUCAUUUGCAAACAAACCAAACAACAAGAAGAUUUAAAAUACUGCUACCUCAUUCUAUUUAUACAAUUUAUACAUUUAAUAAAGUUGAAUUUUAAGAAGUAGGAUUUCAUUGAGGCGCCUUUUCAGCAUCGAGAUGGAACCAUUCGAAUCCACAACACAUAUGUGUCGUUUGUGCCUUCGGAAAUACAAUGUGAAACAGAUGGUGCAUGUGUUUGCCAAGGAGCACGAACUGGAUCAAGCAAUAUAUGAAGCUGUUUCGAUAAAGAUGUAUCAAUUGGAUGCCAUGGCUAGUAUUUGCAACAAUUGCCAAACUAUUAUUCAAAUAAUCAACUGCUUUAGAGAAGCCUGUCAGAAAAGCGAUACUAUUUUGAAAAAUGGCACAACUACACUAGAUUCUAAUGCCUGGUCGAGUUCGUAUGCAACCAACGUAUUUCAUUUAACUGAAAAAUUAAUCAAGACACAUCAAAAGGAUAUGGAUUUUCUGUACAAAAAUCAUAUAAGUUUAAAAGAACAAGCGGCAGCUUCCGAAUUCAUAGUGCAAUACAUUAAAGAAGAAGAACAUAUCGAAAUCAAUGAUUAUGGUCCAGGUCAAGAUGAGCCAGAUUAUCUGGAUUCUACUGUGCCUGAGGACACAGUUGUAACCGAUGAUAAUAUUUCAAGAACUCAAGACCUAACGGAAUCAGAUAGUGAAGCAUCGAACAAACGAAAAAGAAAAAAGAAAUCAGAAAACCAACAGGAAAAGGUAGUUUGUUCGACGUGUGGCGAGAUGGUACCGCAUAAGGGACUAGAGGGCCACAUGAAUCGCCAUUUGGGUGUGAGACCGUUUCCAUGUAAUGUGGCAGGUUGCGAUGCUAAGCUGUACUCGAAAUUUUCCCUGCAGCAACAUCGUAGCCGACACAAAUCGUCCAAUCGGUAUUUCGACUGCGAGGUAUGUGGGAAGCGAAUCAAAGGCAAUGCAUACUGGUUGGUACACAAGAGGAUACACGAGGAAGAACCCAAAUAUUCCUGCGAUAUUUGCGGUAAAAAGUUCCACCGAAAAUUUAAACUGAAGGAUCACUCAACCGUGCACUCCGGAAUAGCAGACUAUUCGUGUGAACUAUGCGGGAAAUUUUUUACCGUCAAACACAAUCUCACAGCGCACUACCAACGCCAUAAGAAAAAUGGAACUUAUCCUGAUGGGUUUGAGCCGAACGCAUCUGUGAAUGCUUGAAUAAUAAAGAAUCUUUCAUUUAAAAAUUC